AAAAAAUAUUGUCUUGGUGUGGAAAUUCUGGUUAAGCUAAUUGUGAUUCCAAGUGGUAAAAAAACCAACUUUGAUUGCAGAUGGAGGGAGAGACUAUUUAAUUAGAGGAUUCAGUUUUGAUUCCGUUAAUCUCCCAUCGCUCACGUGUCAACCUGAAACAGAGCAGUAAAUUCCACUCCCUCCUUCCUUUCAGCUUUAAACACCCACAAGUCUCCGCUCCUGCUCCACCUUCAAACACCAAAUCUAGAGAGCGAUUCAGGAAACCCAAGCCACAAACCACCGCCACAACCAGUACGUUGUGAUUAUCACCAUUUCUAAUCGGAGAUACUGAGGUAGAGAAAAGAUCACUGAAAAUGGCAGGGAGAGUAGAUCUAGACGGGAAUCCGAUAAAGCCGAUUACCAUAUGCAUGAUCGGCGCCGGAGGUUUCAUUGGGUCGCAUCUGUGCGAGAAGCUGAUGGAGGAGACGCAGCACAAGGUUUUCGCGGUGGACGUGUACAAUGACAAGAUCAAGCACCUCCUCGAGCCUGCCUCCAGCCGUUGGGCUGACCGCAUCCAGUUCCAUCGCCUCAACAUCAAGAAUGACUCUCGCCUUGAAGGACUUAUCAAGAUGGCAGAUCUGACCAUAAAUCUUGCUGCGAUCUGCACUCCUGCUGAUUACAACACCCGCCCUCUUGACACAAUUUACAGCAACUUCAUCGAUGCACUACCUGUGGUCAAAUACUGUUCAGAGAAUGGAAAACGUCUCAUUCAUUUUUCCACUUGUGAAGUGUAUGGGAAAACCAUAGGGUGCUUCUUACCCAAAGAUAGUCCAUUGAGACAGGAUCCUGCCUACUAUGUUCUGAAGGAAGAUGUAUCUCCUUGCAUUUUUGGCCCCAUUGAGAAGCAGAGAUGGUCCUAUGCAUGUGCCAAGCAGUUGAUUGAGAGAUUGAUCUAUGCUGAGGGUGCUGAGAAUGGUAUGGAAUUCACCAUUGUGAGACCCUUUAACUGGAUUGGUCCCAGGAUGGAUUUCAUUCCUGGCAUUGAUGGUCCUAGUGAGGGUGUUCCAAGAGUUUUGGCCUGCUUCAGUAAUAACCUUUUGAGGCGGGAACCAUUGAAGCUUGUAGACGGAGGCCAAUCUCAAAGAACCUUUGUGUACAUCAAGGAUGCUAUUGAAGCUGUUGUUUUGAUGAUUGAAAACCCUUCAAGAGCAAAUGGCCAUAUUUUUAAUGUGGGCAAUCCUAACAACGAAGUAACUGUAAGGCAACUUGCUGAAAUGAUGAUCCAGGUAUACUCCAAAGUAAGUGGGGAAACUGAACUCGAAACUCCAACCAUAGAUAUAAGCUCCAACGAAUUCUAUGGAGAGGGGUAUGACGAUAGCGAUAAGAGAAUUCCAGACAUGACAAUAAUCAACACACAACUUGGCUGGAAUCCAAAGACAUCGUUAUGGGACUUGCUAGAGUCCACACUCACUUACCAACACAGAACAUAUGCUGAGGCUAUCAAGCAGUCAAUUUCAAAGGCAACCACAAAUUGAAGGAAAAUGUGUUUUUUUCUUAAUGAGGAGAUAAUGUUGUGAGAACCACUAUUCUGUAUGCUAAUUUUGUCAAGGGUUGCAGUCUUCCUGUCAUCUUACAGUAGAUUGCAAUUGUAAGCAUCAUAUGUAUGAGAUUUCCUUUGGACAGACAGUAGGUAAAAUUCUAAUUCUCUUGGCAUGUGCUGGCUUCUGAAGUGUGCUGCUGCUUGUAGGAGGAGGAGCAGUGGAUUGCUUGUGUACUAAUAAUAAAACUACGUAUCAUUUUGUUCUGUAUUUCUUCUUGGUUCUUAAAGUAUCACUCUAUCAGUAAUUCUUGAACACGCCCUUCAGCUUAAGUCAUAUGCCUAGAUCUUAUUUAUUUAUUUCUUUAUUUAUUUAUUAAAUACUCGUAAAUACGUAUUUAUUCGGUAUAAUUUUGGUAGGUUGGCCAAAA